AUGGCCGAGACGCCCGUCUCGUCCAACCUCAACCUCAUCCUCACCAGCAGCAGCAGCCCCGACGAGGCCAAGCUCGACGCGCGGGCGACCGACGCCUGCGAGCGCACCCUCUUCAAGGUUCCCGCCGACGGCUACAUUGAGUCGUCGCGCUCGCCCGCCGCGCCGGGCUGCCUCGCCUUCUGCCUCUCCGCCGAGCGCGUCCUGGACGCGUGCUGGGUGCGGCCCGCGGCGGAGGAGGCGGGGCCGAGCACGCCGUCUGCUGCGAUGUGCGACUCAUGCUUCGAGGACACCGCCGACCCGGUCACGGCGGCGUGCGGCCACGCCUUUUGCCGCGGGUGCAUCGAGCAGCACUGCCCGGCCGGCGCACCGUUGACGUGCCUCGUUUGCUCGUCGCCGCCUCCGCUGAAUGCGGCCACGGUCGUCACGGUCGAGGGCGUCGUGGGCUCGUAG